UCGGCCUUGCCGCCCCCGAACAUGAAUGAAACAUGUUAUGGCCACGGAAAAGGACACAACACAACAGUCAAUUUUGCUCCAAAUUCAGAUAAAGUGAUAUUCUCGACAACGUGUCGGUGUCCUUCUUAGAGCGACGCUCCGGACGAGUCAUCGACUUCAAAGCCAGCCCCAGGCAAAGCCCUAAUUGAUCACAAAGCAUAUGCGCUAGUGGCUAAAGGUGUCUACGGCAUCGCCCUGUUUCAUGUUGUAAUUCGAGGACUUUCGUUUAUUGGCAACAAUAAUGGUCAGCACAGCAUUGACAACAUUGGCUGCUGGACAAACAACUAGUAGCAAUAAUCAUCAUCACCACAACCACCAUCAUCACCAGCAGCAGCAGCAGCAACUGCAACAGCAGCAACUGCAACAGCAGCAGCAGCAACAGCUGCCCUACCAGCGAUUGCCGCCACACGCUACAGCUUCCACAGGAGCAGGAGGAUCAUUGGCAACAAACGUUAAUCAGUCCCGCAGCUUCUAUGCGCUGAAUGGUCUAGAGCACGAUUGUGACGGCAACAGCAGCAGCAGCAGCAACUAUCCACAGCAGCAGCAGCAAUCCUCUUCUCCGCUCAACGAUCAGAUCAGCCUGCUCUUCCCAAAGUGCCGACCCAAGCAGCAGCAGCAACAUCAUCCACAACACCAACAGCAGCUCCAACAGCAGCAGCAGCGACAUGAGCUCCAUACGGAUGUGAAUCUGAAUAGGAGCAGCAGCCCCAUCGUCAGUGAAGCAGCCACUGCGGAUACGGAUAACGUUGCCGCUGCCACGCCCACCAGUACGCACAGCUACUACAAGAGCGUGAACAUCAUAACACAAUCACCGCCACCGCACUCGGCCUCGUCACACUCAUCGGAGUCGUUGUCCUCUGUGACGCCGCGCAUAUCCACAAAUCCGUUCCUGUGCGCUCCACUAACGCCGCCCACACCGCCGCCACCGCCGCUGUUGCACAGCUUUGGGGGACAUCCAGUUGAAGGUGAGGGUGACGGAUCCGGGCUGGCUGCUGCGGGAGCGGGUGCCGAAGCAGACGAGGAGGUAGACGAGACCGUACUGGCGGCCGGCUAUCCGGCCUCAUUCUACUAUCACACGGGCGAGAGCAGGCGUGGCCAGAGCACCUAUUCCGUCUCCGAGAUGCCGCGCAAACGGAACACUGGUAUGACCACCAGCGCCAGUGCCAGUGCCAUCAGCAGCAGCAGCAGCAGGCAGCAGUCACUGCAGAAUGGCGGCAGCAACGUGAACGGAACUGCCAGCAAUGGCAAUACCCAGAGUCUGGUGCAGAGCCAGAAUCCCUUCAUCAAGGAGAACUACUGGGAGGCAGCGCCCAUGCGUGCCAGCUCCGUGCUGCACUCUCCCACGGAAUACGCGGAGGAGCAACAGCAGCAACAUCAACAGCAGCAGCAUCUUCAAGCGUCCGCCCGGCGGGCAUACCAUCAACAGCGGGAGCAGAUGGCCACACAGCUAUAUGGCUUGGCUCAGCGCCAGGCAACGCAGCAGCCGCCAGCGCACAUCCUUCGGGUUGGACGGAGCCCCAUCAACCGUAGUUACACGGUACCCCAACAGCAGCAACAGGCACCUCAUCAACAAUCCGUGAAUAAUGCCUGUGCGGAUGGACUGACUCCACUGGCCAGUCACUAUCUGUACGGGAGUAAGUCCUCGUUGGAUCAGCAUGGAGCCGGCGACUGGGAGCCGCGGGAGCAGCGAAAAUUGAGAAUGCGCGAGGAGCGGGAACGGGAGAGGGAUCACCUGUUGCUGGAGCAGGAGGUGCAGGCGGCAAGGGAAAACCAUCUGACCCAUCUGGCGGGGCAGCAACAGCAGCAGCGUGGGCGGCAUGGACACGGCGAGGAUAGGGAGCGCGAAAGGGAGCGCGAUCGUCGUCUGGUCAAUGGUAGCGUCACAGGCAAUGAGGUUAUCUACGGAUCAGCAGAUUCCGGCGAGGGUUGGCAGCAUCUGCGCGUUACGACCGAAGAAAAUGUGUCCGAGGAGAGCGGCAAGCAUCCCAGCAAGCUGGUUGGAAAGACACUGUCGACGUUGUCACAGUCCCAGUCGAAGUCGCAGUUGCAGCUGCAAUUACAAUCCGGCCUGAGGAGCCUUGAGGAGGCAGCCACGUAUCGGGAGCACAAGCUAGAUGCCUGGCAGUUGGAGCGCAACUACACGCUGGCCGUGGAGUCGCGUCACGGCAUUAUAGAGUAUGAAGGCUCUCCACGUCGCAUUGGUGGCUGGGGUGCAGUGACUGCAGCAGCGGCAGCCUCGGCAGCGGACGAAAGUGAACAACCACCAACAGCAACUGCAGCCGCAACAGCAGCAGCAGCAACAGCAGCAGCAACAGCAGCAGCAACAGCAGCAGCAACAGCAGCAGCAACAGCAGCAGCAACAGCAGCAGCAACAGCAGCAGCACCGCAACAACAGCAGCAAGCUCACUCACAGCUUCCAAUGGCCGCUGUGCCACCGUUGAGCUCAACAGCCACCACGCUGCAGAAGACGGCGGCACGAGCAGCUCUGGCCGCACUGGCCCAGACCCAGAAUCACAUUCAGAACCACACGCAGGCGCCACAACCACCGCAACAAUUGCAGGCCUAUCCUGUGCGUCCGGGCUUUCCACAGCGUAUACUUUCGCCACCGCAUCGUGAGCCUCGCAGCUGCUCACCGCAGCCACCGCAGCAUGUGGCACCACAGCACCACACGAGUAUGAUGAGCAACCACAGCAACAGCAAGUUGCAACAGCAGCCGGUGGGCAGCGACACCAAUGCGGAGGAUACCAGCAACGAUGUAUCCGAAAUUGGCACCAUAUCCGAUCUGACAACGCCGGAAGCGGCCAUGGCCAUGGCUAAUGAGGUAGCCAGCAGAUCGGCCACAGCCACGCCACCAAUGCAAAAAGCAGCAGCACCACCACCACCACCACCACCACUGACAGCGUGCUGCUCAACAGUAGGAGCUGGAACUGGAGGGGGACUCGGAGUUGGAGUUGGAGUUGGACCACUGAGCAUCCAUACAAAAUCAUCGACCUUUGAUUACCUCUAUGAGUUCUCGGAGACGCGCAAGGUGCUGGAGGAGUUCUUCAAGUGCCCCUCAACCGAAGAGCAGGCCAUCAUGGAGAACGGCAGCGAUGUGGACAGCAUUGACAUUCAGUACGAGUUCCACAGCAACUUUGAGCGCGACGAGGAGGAGCUCGCCGAGGAGGAGGAUGAGGACGAGGACGUGGAUGGUGACGAUGAGGAGAAUGAUGAGGCAGAGGACGAGGACGAGCCCAUUGCGGAGCAGGAUCACGAUCAUGACGAGGAACAGGAAACCGACCAGGACAGGGAAUAUCACCAACAGCAAGCCCCUUCCUCAGACCUGUCUAGAGACGCCGAGCGUCAAGUCUAUGGGGGAUACUCCCAGCCGCAUCAGAUGCAGCAAAGUCAGCCAAUGCCCGUGGGCGUUGGACGUAGGCCACACUACAGCAGCGGCAGUCCGCUGAUGAGGGACUUUGACUUCUUUCUGGACUCGGCCAGCCGUAGCAGCGGCGAACGGGAUGGCGAACAGGAUGGCCUCAAUCACAACCAACUGCUGAGCACCGGCAGCGGCAGCGGACUCGGCCAGAGCGUCGGCGUGGGCGUGGGCGUAGGCCCAGCAAGUGGCCACAACUAUCGCUACUCGCCGGAGACCACCGACUAUGACUCCAACUGCGGGGAUCUGGACAGUCUUUCUGGCGAGAUGAACGGUGGAGGCGUGUCGACCUCGUGCUCGAACUACGCCAAGUACUACGCCUCCGCCAUGCCCGUGCUGGAGGAUGGUCUCUCCUCGGGCCACACUAGCGACACCGAAAACAACAACAACAAGAAUCUGCAGCAGGCCGGUGUCCAGGGAGGACCGCUGGGGGGUCAGAGUCAGUGCCCCAAUAGCUUGAGUGCCAGCACCAGCAUCGGUGGCGGCAUCUCCAUGCUGAUGGACAUGAAGCGGCUAUCCACCAACAACAGCCUCAACAGCAUGCACAACCUGACCAAUGCCUUGGACAGCAAUGGCGUUGGACAGGGUCAGGGUCAGGGCCAUCUCGUCAACAGUCCCAGUCCCAGCAAUGGACACGCCAAGCAGCCACCGUCCAUGCCACAUCCACGCGAGCUGCUCGGCCAGAGCCCCAGCCAGACGCAGAGCCUCAGUCAGAGUCUAGGCCAGAGCCACAGCCAGAACAAAGUGUUCAAGAACAUCGAUCCCGACCUGGACUCGCUCUAUUCGAUCAGUGUUUUCCAUCGGCCGGAUACGGUGCAAAUGACGCCACCGCCGCCGGCACCAGCGCCGCAUCGCAAACCUAAUAGCAGCAGCGCCGCAGAUGUUGAUCUGCUGCAGCCGAGCAGCAAGCACACGCCCCUGGCGGCUGCCAUUAGCUCGACGCUACAGCGCAGCUCACCCACCACAACGUCGGGCAGUGGUAACGGCACGAUCAUUGGGUCAGUGCCAGGCCCGACUAAGCCCAGAAGUGCGGGGAGCAAUGGCAGCAGCAAUGGCAAUGGAAAUGGCUCUAACAGUAACGGAGUGUUGGCUGGCGUACCGCCCCCAAUCCCAGAAAGAAGCAGCCUCAUGGCGGCACAGCAGCAGCAGCAGCGUUCACCGUCACCAGUGAUAAGCUCGCCCGUGUGGCUGUCCCGGCAUCUGGAUGGUGGCGUGGGCAAGGGGCUGCUCGAGUCCGGGUCGGACAACCAUUCGAAGAACCACAGUGCGGACGAGGACGAUGUGGACACUGAUUUGGAGACGGACCGUCUGCUGGGACACCAGCGGCUGGACGAUCAGGGCUACUAUGACGAGAACAAGAGCUGGGACCGCAAGCCGCGCUCCUCGCUGCUCUCCAAAAUCUCACCCAAUCAGCAGAUGCCCAGCACAAAGACGAGGAAUGGGUACAAUGCUCUGCUCAGCUCCACGCCGGAGUUGCUGCCGCCACCGCCCAUACCCCCAAAGAGUAACUCGGGCAGUGGUGGCAAGCUGCUCGACCUUGUCGGUGGCAUGGUCCAGCGCAGCAUAUCGCGCAGCUCGUCGGAGCAUAGCGAGAAGUCGCCCAGCAAGUUGCAGCCGCAACAGCUGUCCGGUCAGUCAACCUGUGGCGACCCUGUGGAUGUAGUGGCCUCAGCCGUGGUGGCUGCCACUUUGGGAGCAGCUGUGGCGACGGCACCCCCCAUGGAGAGUCCUGGAAAUGGCGGUGGCUCUGAGCAUUCCAUCAACGGUGGAGGCGGAGGCAUCAUCAAGCUGGAGGCAGAGAACUGCAGCCUCAACGGCGGCAUCACCAUUAGCGGCGCAGCAGUGACCGGAGUUGCAGGCGGCGGCAGUGUCGGCAGCGUGAAUCCGGGAGCAGUCGUCAGCACGGCAGUCAAUGCUGGCAGCAACAACAGCAGCGGCGCCGGCAGCAACAGCAACAGCGGCUGCGGCAGCGGCAGUGGCGAAAAAAAAGUGAAAAAGAGUAAGAGCAAAGAAGGCGGCGCAGUGCUUAUCGAGGGUGUCCUCUUCAGGGCCAAGUACUUAGGCUCCACGCAGCUGGUCUGCGAGGGUCAGCCCACAAAGUCGACGCGCAUGAUGCAGGCCGAGGAGGCCGUUUCCCGUAUCAAGGCGCUGGCACCCGAUGGCGAUGUUCAGCCCAGCACCGAAGUGGAUCUAUUUAUAUCAACGGAAAAGAUAAUGGUGCUGAACACCGACUUGAAGGAGAUCAUGAUGGAUCAUGCUCUGCGCACAAUCUCCUAUAUAGCGGACAUUGGGGAUCUGGUGGUUCUUAUGGCUCGACGGCGCUUUGUACCGCAGGACAUCGACGAUGCACCCAAGCCGAAUCGUACGCCCAAGAUGAUUUGUCAUGUGUUUGAGAGCGACGAGGCGCAGUUCAUUGCCCAGUCCAUUGGGCAGGCCUUCCAGGUGGCCUACAUGGAGUUCCUCAAGGCCAACGGCAUCGAAGACCAUCGAUUCGUCAAGGAGAUGGACUAUCAGGAGGUGCUCAAUAGCCAGGAGAUCUUUGGCGACGAACUCGAGAUCUUUGCCAAAAAGGAGCUGCAAAAGGAGGUCGUUGUACCCAAGGCCAAAGGCGAAAUACUCGGUGUGGUCAUUGUCGAGAGCGGUUGGGGCUCCAUGCUGCCCACCGUCGUCAUUGCCAAUCUGAUGAGCUCCGGUGCGGCUGCCCGCUGUGGCCAAUUGAAUAUCGGUGAUCAGCUGAUCGCCAUCAACGGACUGAGCCUUGUCGGUCUGCCACUCUCCACCUGCCAGACGUACAUCAAGAACACCAAAAACCAGACCGUAGUCAAGUUCACAGUGGUGCCCUGCGCCCCCGUUGUUGAAGUGAAGAUCAAGCGGCCAGAGACCAAAUAUCAGCUGGGUUUCAGUGUUCAGAAUGGUGUGAUCUGCAGUCUCCUGAGGGGCGGCAUAGCCGAGCGAGGCGGCGUUCGUGUUGGCCAUCGCAUAAUUGAGAUUAACAACCAGAGCGUGGUGGCAGUGCCCCACGAGAAGAUCGUUAACUUGCUCGCCACUUCAGUGGGGGAGAUACUCAUGAAGACGAUGCCCACAUCCAUGUUCCGCCUGCUCACUGGCCAGGAGAACCCCAUAUAUAUUUAAGUUCUGGGAAAUAGGUAAACUGGAUGGUGGAUGAUAUUGUUAACUAUAAACCAUAUGAAAGAUAUUAUAUGAGUGUACAUACAUUAAUGUGUAUGUAUGUACAUAUAUGCGUGUAUAGGCUUAGGAAGAUUUGAUAUAGCUUACCUACAUAUAUCUACAUCUACACAUAUACAUACAUACAAAAUAUAUUGGUAUUUUUUUUUUGGUUAGUAAACUAAAAUAAAUGUCGAUCGGGGGUGGGGAGCAGCAGCUACUACACACAAAUUGGAAAGGGGAAGAGCGACAAACAUUUUGUUCCAAUGCAAAGACGGCAACACACAUGGCACGCCUUUUUGCAAAGCUUAGUAAUAAUAAUAAAAACACAAAACGAAAAAGAAUAGGCAACAAUAAAAUGUGGCCCCGAUCGAUGGUGUGGAUAAACGUACAUACAUAUAUUCACGGUGCAGUGUAAAACUACAUUAUAAAUACAAUACCAGCUCGUACAUACAUUCAUACAAACAUAUAUGAACACGAUGACCUUUUUGCGAAAACGUCCUUAGCUUAGUUGAAUAGCGCUGCUGGCGAGAAAAUAAGAGACAAGAUUCGAGCAGAUCCAAAUAGAUUUGAAUGGAUUCGAACGGAUUAGAUCAGAUUGGAAUGUAUCGAAUGGAAUAGAUUCAACCAGAACAGAAGAGAAGAGAUCCAUUAUGAUCAGAACAGCGAUUACUGCAGUUAGCCACCGUUAUAGCCCAAUCCCAAUCCCCAUUAAUGGAGAGCCUACCCAUAUAUGUAUACCGAUUUCUAAUUACAAACAGAUUAUAUAAAGAACCACACUGAAAAGCACAAGGCAACAAGAAAAAAAAAGCGAAAACCUUCAAGCUAGUUAGUCAGGACAGCAAUGCAGCCCACGGCUGCUCUUCUGAUAUAUACAUACAUAUUUAUAUAUUAUCGAAUAAAAUGCGUAUAAUCCGCACACUAUAUAGCAUCCUCAUAUGUAUACAGAAAAAUAUUAGUAAACUGAAAGAGAAAGAGAGAGAGAGAGAGAGAGAGGUAUGAGAGAUAGUCGUGGAUGGGAAAUGGAGAUUGUAACUAAUGCGUUUCCUUUUCUACUCAAAACAUAUAGCGGAGAAUUUUGAUAGUUAUAGAAUGCAUAUACCUAUAGCCAGAUCAUAAUGUAUGUAACAUAUAAACCGAAGAGCGCUUCAACCACAUUCGAACACCUAAAGCAAAUCACACACUCCACCACCUAAAAAUAAACUACAUUUAAACGAUUUAGUUAGCUGGAUAGUCUCCUUCACACACAAUCACAUACAGACACUUACUCACUCACUUAGACGCUUCGAUUUCAACCAUUUUCGUCCAAAAAUUGUGCUACUACUAGUUAAACAAGUUGAUAUAUAAGUGGGAAACAGACAGAGAGUUAGAGAAAGAGAGAGGGACAUAAGUAUGUAGAUCCGAGGAAAGUUAGAGCUGGAAAGACAAAGGGAGAGUUAACUCAAAGCAAAAGACAUAGCAGACAUAUAUGGCAGAAAGAUAGAGAGAGAUAAUAGAGACGGCGAGAGGAAAAUAGAAGGAAUAGAAUAGAAUAGAAUAGAAGAGCAGGAGAUUGAUUCAAGGAUUCAAGAAGCCCAGGCAUGAAUACAGCGUACAUCUAGAAUCUCGCAUUAUAACCAUAAACCCAUUAGAAGACACGACUCGAAACAGACAGAUACGAAAAACAAAUUGCAUUUCUGAAUGAAUGAAUGUGUAAAAUACUCGGAACAGCUGUCACCACGAGUACUAUUAUUAAUUAUAAAUUAUAAAUUAUUAGAUGUAAUGGGACACUUGCUUGAUGUUUGUGAAUUGAACGGAUAGAAUUGUUUAAAAAAUUGUUCGGCCGCAUUACCGCCUGCUUGGCACGGGCCACGCCCAAGCCCACCAACAAAAACAAAAGAAAACAACAUCCAAACACAAAAAAACAUAAAAAAAACCCAUACAUACAUAUAUCCCCUAAUUCAGCUUCAGCAAAACAAAAAAGUGAAAACAAAGAAAUGGAAAAUUUAAAGCAAAUAAGUACUAAAUUUUUUUUUUUUAUGGGUGGUGUACAUUAUUUAUAAACCAAAGAAAUGGCAUAACAAUUUAAUGCAUAUAUGAAAUAUAAAUUAUAUAAGAACUAUCAUAGCGAUGAUUAUUUGUAAAGGCAAAACGAAACCAAAGCAACAACAAA